AUGCGCAACCCAUUCUUCCUCCUCUAUCUCACCCUCCCCCUCCCCCUCCAAGCCCAACACCUCAUCUCCCUCGCCCUCGGCGCCCCUUCCUCCCCCCUUCUCAUCGAAGAAGAACCUCUCCCAUUGAUAAGCGGCCGCUCCGCCAUCCUCUCCCUCCGCGCCGAAGCCCCGCCCACCUGCUCGCCCAGAGAAUCCGUCUGCGACACCGGCUGCAUCCCCCGCGGCGCCAACUGCUGCCGCUUCGGGAACAAUGCCUACUGCGACGAGGGCGAGUACUGCUCCUCAGAUAACAUUUGCUGCAAUCCGGGUGAUACUUGCUCAAACACUGGAUGUGCCGGUGUUCCCAACGGAGGAGGCAGCAGUUCUACAAGGGUCCCGGGAUCUCCAACGGGUGGAUCUCCCCCUGCCGGUCCUUCUCCUACUAGCAGCCGUGGGUCGGGUGGCCCUCCCGGGGGGCCCCCCGGUGGAUCAUCAGCCAGCAGCCGUGCUCCAACCGGCCCACCCUCUGGACCCGCACCUACGAGCAGCAGGGGAUCCGGUGGCGGGCCUCCUCCCUCAGGCCCCGAGCCCUCCAGCACUCGAGGCGCGGGCGGUCCGCCGUCUGGUGGUCCCUCUCCAUCGAGUACUCGCGCACCUGGUGGUCCCCCUCCGUCUUCCGGACCCUCCCCCACUGGCAGCAGCAGAGCUCCAGGUGGUCCGGCCGGCCCUGACGAAGGACCUUCCAGCAGCCGCGGAGGUAGCGUCCCCGUCCCCACCAGCAGCGCCGGACGAGGCGGACCUCCCGGCGCGAGCUCUAGUGGGGCCUGCGAGAUCAGGACGGUAACCGUCACCGUCGGCGCUGGAGGAGUUGGUGGUGCAGGAGGUCCUGGAAGUGGUGGCGCUUCGCCUACUGGCGGCAGCGGCUCCGGAGGUCCUGGUAGUGGAGGAGGUUCAGGAGGCGGCGCGGGAAGCGGAGGACCCGGCCUUGGAAGCCCUAGCGCUGGAGCACCCAGCGGUAGCGGAGGUGCUCGACAACCGCCAAGCUCGGCGGCGAGCGCAAUUGGUGGACCAUCUGCGACGAGGCCUGUUACUGUUAGUGGUGCGAGGAGGUUGGAACGUGGCAAUGGGGCACUUGUUGGGAUGGUUGUUGCUGUUGUUGGGGGCAUAGUUCUUCUCUAA